AUGUUUGACCUGAGCGAUCCUGAGGUGAUCCAGAGGAUCUCCAAGGAGGAGUGGAGGUUCCAAUGUCGCCGCAGGACGCGUGGGGCGGUGGACACAGCCAUCCUCCUCCAGAACCUCUUUGACACCUUCAGAGGACCUGCAGGACGAAACACCUUGAACAUCCCAUUGCUGGAUGAUCUCCGCAUCCAGGACAUCUGGGACACCCAGAUACGCCACCUCAGCUGCAUCCAGGACCCACCAGGCCUGCAAGAGGGGUCAGCCUCCCUAGAGUCCUUCCACCUCCACCUGAACCGCUUCAUCCCAGGGACGUCUGCCAGUGCCAGGUACUUCCAGGCGUUCCUCGUGGAUGGAGUGGUGAGGUGGAACGAGGACCGUGCAGCGGCUGCAGCGCCUGUGGAAGCAGCUGAGGAGAAGGCGUCUCUGCUGUCCUACAGUGGCCACCUCAAACACGCCCUCAACCAGAAGAGCCAAAGGGUGCUUGGACUUCAGCUGGUUGAGGAUUUCACCAAGCCUGCUGCGUACAUUGGAGAACUCAUUGGACUUGAGUUCCUGUUUACGCAGACAGGAAGCGUGUUUGAGGACAUCAGCAAGGAUCCUGACACUCCGGGUGAGAGUGCUGCUGUUUCCUCGCUGGAGGAGGAGGAUGAGGGGAUACAAGAAGAUGAGGAGGACCCCACCAUCUUCCCUCCAGACUCCUCCUCCUCUCCAGCAGCCUCUCAGUCAGGAGCACCCAGGUCUGACCCACCCCUUGCCUCUGCUGAAUCAUCUGAAUGCCAGACUCCUCCUCUUAAAGACUCCUCAGACUGUGAAGAGGAUGUCCAAGGUCCUGAUGGUCAGCCAGGAUACCAGCACGUCCUGAAGCUGGCCCAGGCCUUGGUGGAGGUCAGGAGCCUGAGCGGCUCUCUGAGUCCAGGGUGGACCGUCUCGUCUGUCUCUGGCAGCGCCUGUCAGAGCGAGACAAACGGAGACUGGUCUACCCUUCCAGAUAUCAGGAGAGGCAGAUCAAGGGGUGCUUCAAGGCAGCAAAGGGCAUAAACAUCGCCUUUGCUGGGAGGCAAAGCCUCCAGCGCUGCAUCCUUGGAGUGAACUCGGGCUCUGCAAACUGGCCGGACACCAGCCGCCUGGUGGAGGCCGUCUGCAGCCAGCUCUGUCGCCUGCAUCCCGCAGCGACACGUGUCGGAGGGAUCAUGAGGAGCCGGUGGUCCCUCAUCCACAGCGACACGUGUCAGAGGGAUCAUGAGGAGCCGGUGGUCCCUCAUCCACAGCGACUACGUGUCAGAGGGAUCAUGAGGAGCCGGUGGUCCCUCAUCCACAGCGACUACGUGUCGAUACAGGAGACAGUGCUGGCGAGCCCGAGGCUGAUGGCUCAGACCUCCAUCCAGCUGUUCGAGUUGAACCAGCGGACCAUCUCCCAGUGAAGCGGUGGGAGAGGUCUGUGCUGGAGAAUGGAGUCGCCAUGGUUCCUGCUCCAGCUGUGGCGGACCGACCCCUGCUUCCUGCCAAGGAGCUGUCCGUGGUGCUGGUGGGGCAAGAACGGACCUUUCAGUACCAUCUCCCUGAGGAGCAGCCUGGGCCGUCCACCAGGAGUCUCCCUCCUUCAGCUCCUCCUCCUCUACCUCCAAAUCAGGCUGUGCUGCCCACGCUUGCCACCACCUCCUCUGCUUAGUUGCCUCCUCCUCCUCCAGUUGUGCCCAGGACAACGGUGUACAGGAGGAGGAAGGCAGUGGAGGCUGCUGCAGCUGGGGUGGUGGCACCACCUAGAAAACAGCAUAAGAUAUACAUGUGCAGCAAGAGUGGGCAGCCAAAAAGACUGGACACUGGAUACACCAGGAUCAGCGGUGUGUCCUACUGCGCCACAGUGUGGAGGAAUGGAAGAAGGACUUUAAAAAAGAAUAAUGUUAUUUUUAUUAU